AUGGCAACUAUCAAAGUAACCUACGAAUCUAUCACUCGUCGAUUUACCAUCCCGCCCAACAUUACCUGGUCUAAUCUAGUCUCUCAACUCCAUAAUCUAUUCCAAAUUCCUAGCAUUGCCCCAAUUAAUGUUUCCUAUACCGAUGAGGAUGGUGAUGUAAUUAGUGUUUCGACCGAUUUGGAACUCCAGGAAGUUCUCUCUUUGCAUUCAGCCGGUAAAAUCGUCAGACUUUUGAUUACUACCAAGGUUUCUCCAAAUAUUCUCGGUGAAAUUGGUAAAACAACGGAGGUCCUUGAGCAAUUGAGUAUUGAUGAAAACAAAAUUCUUAACGAUGAUGACCACUUGAAAGACUCGGAGGAGGAGAUGAAACCCGGUGACAAAUCCCCCCCUGUUAAUGCUGAUGAGAAUGAAGAUGACGGAACUGCUAUUGUCGUCAUAAGAAUCCCUCGCCCUUGGUGCAGAAUACCUUUCUGCGAUCGACGUCGUUUUAGAUACAGUAAUCCGAACUUUUAUCAACCCUACAUGGUUAAUCGUCCACGUUGUAAUGACCAGUCAUCGUCACAUGAAUAUUAUCGACGAAGGCAAAAUAUUUCAUCUGAACGGUUGUCAGAAAAUAUAAAAACAUUAAAUUCCAUGGGAUUCCCUUACGAUGACAAAAAGUAUGGACAGCUGUUGAAACGAUAUAAUGGACGUGUUGAUCGUGUUGUUGAUAUUUUACUUGGGGAACAGUGUAAUGAUGAAUCAAGUGAAAAGCGACUGGAAGUAUCCAAUGAAGUGCCAUCCGGAUCAUCAGCUUCAGCUAUGAUGGAAGUUGACGCAGAAAAAAGUGAGGAAAGGCCUUAG